UCCCACUUCCACAUCAACCACACCACCCAUUCUUCCACAAUCUCUUUCCACUAUAGUUGUUCCAUCUCCUCUCAUCAUAUACUACACAUGGCCUCUUCUUCUUCUACUAAUAUUCUUAUAAUGUUGCCGUUAUUACUAUUAGCUUCCUCUCUAAUACCUACUUAUGCUGCUAAUUUCUACCAAGAUUUCGAUACCACAUUUGGCGACGGCCGUGUCAGAAUACUAAACAACGGUGAAUUACUCACUCUCUCCCUCGACAAGGCUUCCGGCUCCGGAUUCAAAUCCAAGAACGAAUAUCUCUUUGGAAAUAUCGAUAUGCAGCUGAAGCUCGUCCCUGGCAACUCUGCCGGCACCGUUACUGCAUACUAUCUAACAUCACAAGGACCAACAUGGGAUGAGAUCGACUUCGAAUUCCUGGGCAACCUUAGCGGAGACCCUUACAUUCUCCACACCAAUGUGUUCACACAAGGGAAAGGAAACAGAGAGCAACAGUUCUACCUAUGGUUCGACCCAACUGCUGACUUCCACACAUAUUCCAUCCUCUGGAAUCCUCAGCACAUCAUAUUCUCUGUGGAUGGAACCCCCAUCAGAAAAUUCAAGAACAUGGAGUCGAACGGUGUCGCAUACCCAAAGAACCAACCGAUGAGGAUCUACUCGAGCCUCUGGAACGCCGAUGACUGGGCCACCCGUGGUGGGCUCGUCAAGACCGAUUGGUCGCAAGCUCCCUUCACUGCUUCCUAUAGAAAUUUCAAUGCCAAUGCAUGUGUUUGGUCUUCGGGCACGUCUUCAUGCGAUUCAAAGGCUCAGUCCACCAACAACGGAUGGCUUACCCAAGAGCUGGAUUCGACUGGCGAAGAGAGGUUGAGAUGGGUGCAGAAGAAUUACAUGAUCUAUGAUUACUGCAGCGAUUCAAAGCGGUUUCCUCAAGGCUUUCCCACUGAAUGCAACAACACCCAACAGAAUUAGAGAGAGAACCAAUAUACAAAUCUACAUAUUUGAUUUAUUCAUUCAUGUAUUCCUUUGUAAAUGAUUAUCCUCUUUAUUUUAUUUUUAUUUAUAGAUAAUUAUUUUCAUAUUUAUAUGAGAUUAAGGAAAGAUUAUAUUUAUUGAAUAACAAAAGGGUGUCAUUUUAAGUACAAUGGCUUGUACUAGUCA